GCGGGUCUGCGUUUCGCGUGUGCGCCAGUGGCGACUCCCAGGGCUGCGAGCUGGUCUCCCGUGGUGCCUGCGGUUCCGGUAACGACGCCAGUUGCGGCCCUUCCGCCGCCGGAACAUGGACUCCGCCGGCCAAGAUAUCAACCUGAAUUCUCCUAACAAAGGUAUGCUGUCUGAUUUCAUGACUGAUGUCCCUGUUGACCCAGGUGUUCCCUCCCGGACUUCUGCUGUGGAAGGUCUGACAGAGGUGGAAGAGGAAGAGCUUCAAGCUGAGCUUGUCAAGGUGGAAGAAGAAAUUGUCACUCUUCGUCAGGUACUGGCAGCCAAGGAGAGACACUGUGGAGAACUGAAAAGGAGGUUGGGCCUCUCUACCUUAGGAGAGCUGAAGCAGAACCUGUCUAGAAGUUGGCAUGAUGUGCAGGUCUCUACUGCCUAUGUGAAAACUUCUGAGAAACUUGGAGAAUGGAAUGAGAAAGUGACCCAGUCUGACCUCUACAAGAAGACCCAGGAAACCCUCUCACAGGCAGGACAGAAGACAUCUGCUGCCCUGUCCACCAUGGGCUCUGCCAUCAGCAGGAAGCUUGGAGACAUGAGGGCUCAUCCGUUCUCACAUUCCUUUAGCAGCAGCUACUCCAUCCGCCACUCAAUAAGUAUGCCGGUCAUGAGGAACUCUUCAACCUUCAAGUCAUUUGAAGACCGAGUGGGAACCAUAAAGUCUAAGGUUGUGGGUGGCAGAGAGAAUGGCAGCGAUAACCUCCCUUCCCCGACGAGUGGUGACCAGCCCCUGACGGAUCACGCACCUUUCUAAGCAUGUAAUAGCUCACCAGCCACAGAACAUAUGGAAGUACAUCAUCAUCAUCAUCACAACUGCAACUGCAUGAUGGAGCAACCAGCCAGGGCCAAUGAAUAGCUGGAUUUGAGGACAGCCAUGCCCAUUUACAUGCAGAUGUGGCAGCUGCCUUGGCAUGAAUUAGAGAACAGUCUUGUACAUAGAUAUUUUACACUGAAGUUCAUAGGUUGAAGCAGAUCGCUGUGCCAUCCUUUCCAGGGCCAAGGAAGUAGACAGGGUUGAGGGGCUUGUGGGGGGGUAUUGAAUAAAAGUCCAUGCUUUGGAAGUCUCUUUAACUUACCUGAGGGGAAGGAGAAGUGUCAGGAGUAUUAAGUGGCACUUCCCUUACUCCAAAAGAAAACAUUCACCUGGGAUGCACUGCUGUCCAUAUUCUGAAACCUUAUAAAGGAAAUAUCAUUAGUCUUAACUGUUUAAAUAAUAACCUGGCUUUGACAGAAGCAGAUUCACUUUUUUAAAUGGAAUGGACUACACAAAAAUUAAUUAGGCGAAACAGCUUUAACCUUAUCGUUGGAGAAUAUUUCUUUGAACUCAAGCUAAAAUUAAAGCCUUAUAUUGCCUUA